UUACCAAUGGCUGCACAGAUGCUUCAGUUAAAAGGUGAACCUGAAGUACUGACUUUACGCACAGUGCGAGCAGAUGUUACCCAUCUUUCUGGAUCCAAGAUUAAUCUGGAAAUUUCCCCAAAAGGCGAACCCAAUAAACGUUUCCAGAUACUUGACGCCUUCACAGCUUCCGGUUUGGAUCUAGUUGAGCAAUCAUAUCCAGUACAGAGACUUCAAAAGCUGUAUGCUCACCUUAGAGGGCUCCCUCUACAGUCCUUCCACAACGUACGCCCACUAGUACUGAUCGGAUCAGAUCAUGUUCAUCUUAUCACAGCCGAUAAGCCAGUCCACCAAGGAGUCAAAGGUGGCCCAGUUGCAAUACACACAGCCCUCGGAUGGGCAUUACAAGGAGCAGAGAAGAGCACACCAAUCCACAAUUCAGUACAGCAGUGUCUUUUUACAGCGGCCUCCUGUCCCAAUGACUUGCUUUAUCGCAGUGUUGAAAAGUUAUGGCAACUGGACAUCUUGCCUUAUCGAAAUGAGAAACUGGUGGUUCGAUCCAGGGAAGACCAAGAAGCAAUCAAACUUCUUGAGUGCAAAACACAGACAAUUAAUGUGGAGGGUGUCCAGCGGUAUGCCACCCCUCUCCUGCGCAAACCUGGGGCUCCUACACUAUCGAGUACGACUCGAUCCGUCAUGCCUACUUUGAGAAGUAUUGAGAGGAAACUCCAGAGAGACCCUGAGAAAGCAACCAUCUACUCUCGUGAGAUUGAGAAGCUCAUUAAAGCAGGCUAUGUCACUAAAAUUCGUCCAGAAGAAAUCAGCCAGUCCAAAGAGGCCUGGUACAUACCCCACCACCUGGUGUGUCACAAUGAUAAACCAAGACUGGUCUUCAAUUGCUCAUUCAGGUCUCAAGGUCAGUCUCUGAACGAUCAACUUCUCCCAGGGCCUGCACUUGGUCCAUCCUUAUUGGGCGUUCUUUUAAGAUUUCGUCAAUACAAUGUGGCUGUAAGUGCAGAUAUCCGGGGAAUGUUCCAUCAGGUUCGCUUGUUACCUGAGGACAGACCUCUUCUCCGCUUCAUUUGGCGAGAUCUGCAAUAUGAGAAUUGUCCAGAUGUAUAUGAAUGGCAGGUUUUGCCAUUUGGUACAACCAGUAGCCCAUGUUGUGCCAUUUUUGCUGUGCAGCAGCAUGCUCGCAAUAAUCAAGAGAGCUACCCAAGUGCUUUACAGACAAUCCAGCAAAGCUUCUAUGUGGACAAUUAUCUAGCGAGUUUUCCCACCACAUCGGAAGCCAGGGUGUCCGUUGAUCAACUGCGCAGCCUACUAGCUACAGGUGGCUUUGACCUUAGACAAUGGGCUAGCAACCAGCCCGCAGUGAUCUCACAUCUACCCACUGAGGCAAGAUCUUCAGCUGCAGAACAGUGGCUUGCACAAAAUAGAACUGAUCCAAUGGAACCAACUCUGGGCCUCAGGUGGAACUGUGCUGCUGAUACACUGGGAUACCACUAUCGUCCAAUAGAACAUGCUACCCUGACAAUGAGAACAGCGUAUCAAAUACUAGCCACACAGUAUGAUCCACUGGGCUUCAUUGUGCCCUUUACCACACGAGCCAAGGUGCUCAUUCAACAGUUGUGGUCUAAAAAGCGAGAUUGGGACGACCCAAAUUUACCACAAGAUCUCAGCAGGGCCUGGGAAACAUGGGAGAAUGAGUUAAAACAUCUCAGCGAUAUAACCAUACCUCGUUGCUACUCAUCUAUUCCCCACGAUGCACAACAACAGUACGAACUACAUGUGUUCUGUGACGCAUCCGAACGGGCUUAUGGGGCUGUGGCUUACUUGGUGGAGUAUGCAGAUGUUAUUCAUUCAACCUUUGUCAUGGCCAGAUCAAGAAUUGCACCUAAGAGGCAACAAUCCAUACCUCGACUGGAGUUAUGUGCUGCAUUAGCAGGUGCACAGCUGGCAAAGCUCCUGAAGGAGGAGAUCACCCUUAAAAUCCAGCAGAUAGUUUUAUGGACUGAUUCUACAACUGUGCUAGAGUGGCUCCAGUCCGAUUCAUGUCGAUUUAAAGUUUUUGUUGGAACACGGGUCUCAGAAAUCCAGGAUCUGACUGAGCAUAGUACUUGGCGCUAUGUUGACACACAGCAAAACCCAGCAGAUGAUAUCACCAGGGGUAAACCACUCCAAAGUUUUACCAUUCCUGGGCGCUGGAGUCAGGGACCCUCAUUCCUAAACCUGGGUCCUGAGCACUGGCCAAAAAGACCUGAACCAUCAAGGUCAGAAGGAUUACCUGAUUUAAAGGGUACCAAUAUCUGUUGUUUAAUGACUGCGGUGCCAGAUCAUACUUUCCCCGAUGCCACUCAUUUCCAUACAUGGAAAGAGUUAGUGGAAGCGACUCGACAGGCCGAUGGAAAGGCGACAGGUAGUCAACCAGAUACUCAACUCAUGGACCAUCGCACAGCAGAAUUGGAAUUAAUAAAAGGGUCUCAGGCUCAAAGCUUUCCCGAGGAGACCGCAGCCCUCAAAAUGCACAAACCUGUACCAAAUCACAGUCGAUUAAGAUGUCUUGCUCCAGAGUGGGAUCCGGUGAUGGAGGUAAUCAGAGUCGGAGGACGAUUACGAAGGCUGGAAAGCCUAAAUGCUGAGGAAAUUCACCCUAUAGUAUUAGACCCACAGCAUCCAACCACAAAGCUUCUCAUCAAAGAGUUUGAUGAGCGCCUGCUCCACCCAGGUACAGAAAGAGUGUACGCCGAACUUCGGAGACAAUAUUGGAUCUUGAGGGGGCGGCAAGCUGUCAAACAUCACCAGCUUAAAUGUUCAUCAUGCCAACGAUGGAGAGCUCAGCCUAAGGUACCAAAAAUGGCAGACCUGCCACCAGAGCGGCUCAGGAUUCUUUGCCCACCAUUCUACUCUACUGGAGUAGACUGUUUUGGUCCAUAUCAGGUAAAAAUAGGCAGACGAGUGGAGAAACGUUGGGGAGUCAUUUUUAAAUGUCUCACAACAAGAGCGGUUCACAUUGAGCUCCUCAACUCCAUGGAUGUGGAUGCCUUCUUGCUUGCUUUGCGACGAUUCAUAGCCAGACGUGGCAGACCAAAGGAGCUUAGGUCAGAUUGUGGUACAAACUUCCGUGGGGCUGAUCGAGAGCUAAGAGAAGCCUUUGCUGCCAUGGAAUCCCCAUUAAAAGAGCGGCUAGCUGAUCAUCAGAUCACAUUUAAGUUCAACCCUCCUCAUGCACCGCAUUUCGGUGGCACUUGGGAACGAGAGGUUCGUUCCAUAAAGACUGCUCUACGGGCAGCAGUUGGUGGCCAGUCUGUCUCAGAAGAUGUCCUCACUACCGUAUUAGUAGAGGUAGAGGGCAUUUUGAACUCAAAACCGCUUGGAUAUGCCUCCACGGAUGUUGCAGAUCCAGAUCCUAUUACACCAAACCUUCUCCUCAUGGGGCGGCGGGAUGCGUCACUCCCACAAGUGACUUAUGCUUCAGGGGAAAUGGGACGGCGCAGAUGGCGCCAUUGUCAAAAUCUUGUGGAUCAGUUCUGGACUCAGUUUACAAGGAAUUACUUGCCCACACUACAAACCCGCCAAAAGUGGCAAACUUCAUCCGACAAUCUAAAAGUGGGUUCAGUGGUUUUGAUUGUUGACCCACAAUUGCCCAGGGCUCAGUGGCCAAUUGGCAAAGUGGCCGAGACUGUUAUCAGUGAUGAUGGUUGUGUAAGAUCUGCAAACAUAAAUGUUCAAGGUAAAGUGUACACUAGGCCAGUAGCCCGGCUUAUUCAGUUGCCAGCCUUUCAAGAUGACAGUAAAGACUCCUAAAGAAUUCUCUUGACUUGCACAUUUGCUGUUCAAAUGUGGGGGCGGCUGUUCUGAAUUCUUUAUACUAUGGCUGUAACACGAUUUACUGAGUGUUCUGUAAAGGGCUUAUAUUAUGAAUGUAGGAUGUAACUUCCGGAGGAUGCAUAUUUGAGUCCAUAUAUGAGAAGUUGAAUGUACUGACUCAUCUGAGUGAGACGCGAUUGCCAUCCGUGAGAUAUUGUGAAGUGCGGGGUAAAGUUAUUGCCAAGAAACUACCUCCCUGCUCAUAAAUAAAAGAUUGAAAUUAUCUCCUGACUCCUACUCCUUAACCAGAGUGCUGAAGUGGUCAGCAACAUUUAAAGAACUGGCAUUCUAAAUUGGGCAAUACCCAACAAG